AUGUUAGAUCUCAGGGGCUCUGCAGUUAUAUUGUUAGCAUUUAUCUCUUCAGUGGUCAUUUUCUUAUUCAUUAAACUUACAUGGGAAUGGAAGCGAAUGCCCCCAGGACCGUUCCCACUCCCUGUGGUUGGAAACUUCCUACAGAUAAGGAAAGAAGGUUUGGUGCCCUAUUUAGUAAAGAUGGGUGAGACUUAUGGACCUGUAAGUACGAUUUAUAUGGGUUCACGACCUAUGGUUAUUCUGAAUGGAUACCAGGCAGUGAAGGAAGCUUUUGUUGACCGCGGGGACGAUUUCCUUGACCGAGGGAAGAUGCCUCUAUUUGAACGAGUUUAUAGAAAUGGCAGUUUAGGACUUGCUAAUGGAAUGGACUGGAAGCAGCUUCGACAGUUUAGCAUUUUGACCCUCCGUGAUUUUGGAUUGGGGAAAAAGAGCCUUGAAGAGCCAAUCCAGAAGGAGGCUCAGUAUUUAGUAGAGCACUUCAGACGUCUUAACAAAGAACCAGUUGAUCCCAGCAGUACAAUGAUCUGUGCUUCAUCCAAUAUCAUUGCGUCACUCCUCAUGGGAAAACGUUAUAAAUACAGUGAUAAGAAAUGGAUUCAGAUUCUAAACAAUGUGCAUGAAGCAUUUCAUUUAGUCUGCUCCUUAUGGGGCCAGAUGUAUGAUGUUUUACCAACGUUGAUGCGUGUAAUGCCUGGACCACAUAACAACAUUUUCCCCCUGUUCCAAGAACUCAUGGAUGUUAUUGAGGAACAAAUAAAAUCUAACCUUGCCACAUUGGACCCAAACUGUCCUCGGGAUUAUAUUGAUUGUUUUCUCAUCAGAAUGAAACAGGAACAGGAUCCCAAGACACCAUUUAAUAUGAUAAACCUCAUAACAACAGUAACUGACAUGUUUUUAGGGGGAGCAGAGAGCACAGGAAUAACGCUAAAUUUUGGAUUCUUAAUUUUUAUCAAGUACCCAGAAAUACAAGCAAAGUUACAAGAGGAGAUUGACCAGGUGAUUGGACACAAUCGUGAGCCAUUGGUGGAAGACAGGAAUAAUAUGCCCUACAUGAAUGCGGUUAUCCAUGAAAUUCAGAGAUAUAGUGAUGUUUUUCCAAUGGGCUUAAUUCGCUCUACUACAAGAGACAUAUUUUACCAUGGAUAUCACAUUCCAAAGGGUACUGAUGUGUUACCAGUGUUAACUACGGCACUAAAGGAUCCGUCCCAGUUUAAAACUCCCUCAGAAAUCAACAUUGACCAUUUUUUGGAUGAAAGUGGCCAAUUUAAGAAAAAUAAUGGUUUCAUGGUAUUUGGUGCAGGAAAAAGAGGUUGCGCAGGAGAGAGCAUGGUUCGAAUGCAACUGUUUAUUUUCUUUACAACGAUUCUACAGAAAUUUACCCUUAAAGCUACUGUUGAUCCAAAGGAUCUGGACAUUAAUCCAAAGGAAAGUGGCUUUGAGACUCUACCACCUGUCCACAAAGUCAUCUUUAUACCUCGAGAGUAAUCUGUUGGGUUACUCUAUACUACGUAACAUAUGUGUGAUCCAUGUUUUUGUCUGGAAACUGUAAAAUUAUUUGAUAUAACAGAUUGAAUUUAUGGUUUUCCAUUGGCUAGCUUAAAUGUGGCAACUAUUCCUGCUUACAGUUCUACAUUCCACAAUGUUGUUAAAACCCCAAAUAUGGGAUAUACAGUAUAUGCUGGAAAAAAAACACAGCUCAGACCAGCUUAUUGUACGUAAAAUAGAUUUAAAGGAUUAAUGAGAAAACAGUGACACAUUUGUAUAAGCACAUUCAAAAACAGGCUCAAAUAUACAGACCUUCACGUCCUCACAUACAGGGCUCCAUGUAUUAACUGGCGUGCGGACAAGCUUCAGAAGUUGUCCACACACCUUCGCUAUAUACGGUCAGCGGAUCUGUUCGCCCGCUGGGCCAUAUGCAUCAUUACACAUUCUGAUGAGUGUGUAAUGCCCGCCCCUUCCCUUGCGCAAGAAGAGGGACUGUCAAUCACAGAGAGUAAGCUCUCAGUAAUUUCUCUUCGCAAUCUCUCUUCUUACAUUGCGGGAAGUAGGCUUGCAGGUGCUUUGCUGCUCCGUACCUGGAGCCCACAGUCUCAUAAAUAUGUAGAGAGAGUUGUAAACUUAACUUUAAGCGAUAUUAUCAUAUUUGCUUCAUUCCCAUAAUAUUCUUUGUUGAAGAGAUACCUAGGUAGGCAUCUGGAACACUACAUGGCAGGAAAUAGUGUUGCCAUCUAGUGCUCUUUCAAAUGGAUAACAUUCUUGCAAAAAUGCUGCCAAAAAAGUGCUCCAUAAAUGAGCUUUUCAACAAAAGAUAUCAAGAGAUUUAAGAAAAAUUGAUAAUAGAAGUACAUUAGAACGUUGUUUAAAAUUGCA